AUGUCUGCUAUUGAAACAAAGCUUUAUGUGACUAAUUUUCCAUCGUCCACUACACGUCAGCAACUGCAAUUGUUUUUUGGACGUUUUGGUCGUGUACAAGAAUGCGCUAUUAUGUGGAAUUCAUACGCAUUUGUACAUUAUUCAAAUAUUGAUGAAGCUAAACGUGCUUUAGAACAGUCAAAUGGUGCUUUGUUUUUAAAUCGAAAAUUGAUAGUUCAAGUAUCAACAAGUAGAUUUCGACCAAAUCCAAAAGAAAUUACGAAUGGUGGUGGUGGAGGACAUAAUGUGAACGUAGACAAUGGGUUUCAACAUGCAUUUCCGGUAAACGGUGAUAUUGAUGGAUGGUACAACAACAAUACAAGACAAAAGCUUCAGCAGCAUCAAUCGUCCAGAUAUAAUUAUAUGAAUGAAUCGAACUAUGACACUGGUUUUAAUCAUCAACCUUAUUUAUAUCAAAAUAGUUGUCAAGAACAACAUAAUAGUAACAAUAAUUACUCACCAUCGUUUCUUAUUCAACAAAAUAAUAAUCAAUAUUUACCGUCUUAUUAUCAACAACAUGACAGUGAUAAUCAACAUUAUCAUCAUAUUGUAAAUGGUAACAGUUUAUUACCUACUGUAGAUCAUUCUACACCGUCACCAUCUUCCAUUUCUAAUGAUCAACAUUAUUACAACCGUAUCGAUUCAAAUAUGAAUCAGUUACAGCAACAGUAUACAAAUCGAACAGUAUUAAAUUAUAAUGAGAUUGGUAGUAGUGGUGCAAGUAGUUGUAGUAGUAAUGGAAGUACAAAUGGAGACGUUGAAAACAAAAUAGUAUUACAGAACAAUGGUAGUGACGACGCAACAGUAGCAGCUGACAAAAGUGUUGUAAAAACAAAAAAAACAAUUAGAACAGAUGUUGGUACUAGCGGUGAGAUACCAAAACUGUAUGUUACGAAUUUACCAGACAAUUGCAAAGCAAAUGACUUACAACGCUUAUUUUCUAAUUAUGGUGUUGUGGUGGAUUGCGUUAUUUUAUGGGACUAUUAUGCAUUCAUCACAUAUAGAAAAUUUCCUGAAGCUGAAUUAGCUUUGCAAACGUUACAUGGGCAACCAUGGAAAGACAGACGUUUGAUUGUUGAAUGGUCAAGAGCAUCAGGAAGAAGACAAACAACUACAACAUCAACUGGAAUAAAGAAGGAUCAAUUAUUUAAUACUUCUUCGUUAUUAAAUGGAGGAGAACGACAGCAACAUCAGUCGUCGUAUAUGUCAACAGGUGACAAAGACUUUAACCAUAAUUUGUUUAUGACAAAUAACAGUAAUUUGUCUCAACAACCAUUAUCUCCAACAAACUCCUCUUUAUCACAACUAGAUCAAUCACCGCGUGUUCGUCCAGCAACGCUAUCAUAUCUUCCACAUUAUCAUCAACACCCCUCAACAACAAUGAUAUCUCCAGCACCAACAGUUCAACAGUCACCAUCACUUCCACAAUCACCUCAACAGCAAGCUUUUUCAAUGAAUCGAAAUCUACUGAUGUUAUCACUCUUACAACAACAACAAUCACUCGAAGCGCCUUCAUCACCGGUGUCGAAUCAUCAUACAAAUGGUUAUUUAGGAAGAGCAACUCCAUCACCACCUAACAAUGGUGUUGGUUUUUCCGAAAAAAAUAAUACACCGUUACAUAAUUCUUCUUUUGGUACCUACGCUAGUUCAGGUAUCGAUCAACUAGCGAACAAUAAUAUAACAUUCGAAUGUUUGACUACUUCAAAUAGUACUAAUGAAUCUCCGUUCGAUAAUUUAUUAUUUGAUAAAAAUAUUAAUACAAAUCCAAAAGGUGUUAUAGAACACACACAACAACACACAAUGUCUGAUAUUGUUGCCUUAUUAGAUGAAUGUACAAGUGAUCAAAGUGGAACAAAGCCGUUAUCAGAUCUUCAAACUACUUCAACUACGUCUUCUUCAUCGUCAACACGUACAGAACCAUCGGUUAUAUUCAAUAACGAAUCAUUUUUAUCCUCAUUAUUAUGGAAUAUUGAUUUUCCGUCAGCAACAGGUAAUCCAUCAAUCAAACAAUCCGUUUUGAAUAAACUGUUUGAAUCAACAACAGAUUGUUUUCAAAAUCAUCAAGAGAAUAUUGCUCCAUCAUCACAACAAACAUAUCCCUAUUCAUAUCAUUUACCAUUAACAACAGCUCCAGAAAAUAAUCAUCAAUCAUCGAUGUAUUUUUAUAAUGGGUGGCAUUAA